AUACUAUAUAAAUUUCUUACACAUAAUUAAUUACAUAUAAUUUCUUAUACAUAAAUUUCUUAUGUAUGAGAAACAUUCUUUCCUUCAUCUCGCAGUCUCUAUUAAUAUAUGAUCUUCUUUUAUAUUGCAAGAUUCAUUGAUAUAAUCGAAAUUUAUCAUACAAUACCGUUUUUAAUGGACUUCUUAGGAUUCGUAUUAGCAAUGGGCCUCGCCCUAGCGCAGAUAUUAACCAUCGGCGGCAAUAUCGAGCGAGCUUUCAGAUCUAUCGGCUUCACUUUUGCAACAAUGGUGUAUUUAUUCAUAUCUAAUUACAUGGGACAGAAAAUCACGGACAAGACCUCGAACAUAUGUGAGAGGGUGUACAACUCCAUAUGGUACGAUGCAGUUGUUUCAGAGCAGAAAUUACUGUUGUUAAUAAUGAAACGACGCUUCUACCCGCUCGUUCUGACUGCCUGUAAAUUGUAUGUGAUAUCCUUACAGAAUUUUGGAAUGGUAAGAGAAAAAUUCAUUACAAAAACAAUAAUAACAAAGAAUAUAAAUAAUUUUCGUCUGUUUAAGAUACUUCAAACGGCGAUGUCCUAUUGUAUGUUCAUGAGACAAACUUAAGGAUAUACUUCCAUCAGCUGUAGAUGCAGAAAUAAUAUAAAAAAUGUAGCCUUUAGUAUGUAGUCUAUGUCAGCCUACGUUAAUCUAUGAGAGACCACAUAAUGUUCAUGUCAUGAAAGUUUUUCUCUGCGUCAAGAAGAAAAUAUAUUAAUGUAUUUGACAGGUAAGCGUACAUAAACAGAUGUGUUAUAACAAAGGAAGAAUGUAAAUCUGCAAUUCAAAAAACACGUAUUUUUUU